AUGAGCCAGGAAUCUGCUUCGAGUCAUAUCUGGUCUCAGAGCGUAGAGCCGAGGAAGGAGGAGCUGGAGGCACUGUUGGCUUUGCUGGAGCGCCGACGGAGGAAUAAGCCCAAUGCCGUAUCCCAGGUGCCAGUCAUCACACUCGAUGAAGCAUUCCAGAACCAAGAUCUCCAGAGCUUCCAAGCUGCGAUAGACGUCCUCGCCAAACAAUUCGCCAACAGGAAAGUCUCUGCAUUAGUGAUCAAAUACCUCUAUCCCACCUUCGAUCAUGUGAAAUCCUUCACUGCCGGAAUAUCGUCUGCGACACAGUACGAGUCGAUCGCAUCUCUGACUUGGGGCAUCCUCCUGGUUGUGAUUCAGUGUGCCUGCAUCUUCGCGGAAUCCAUGGAAGAGAUCAUGAGCCAACUUGGCAUCCUUCAAAGCCUCCUGCCAUAUCUCGAGAAGGAUCUCAGCCUGUAUUCAAACAAGAAGUCUCUUGAGAUCAGCCUGAAGUCUAUUUUUGAGACGUAUAUCGAUUUCUGUUUGGUUAUCAUCCGGCAUCUAGCUAAGAAUCCAUUUUGGGCUCUACUCCGAAACCUCAUCUCGUCCUCGCUGAGGCGAACGUUGAAGAAGACAAAAGAAAAACUGAAGAGCGACAUUGAAGAUUUCGACCGCGCUGUUCAUUCCGCCGAACGAGCUCGAGCCAUUCAGGUCGAUGAUGUGAUGAUGCAAAGCCAAGCGCAACUGCUGCUUCUAGCAAAGAACUCGAACGGUACCCCGAAGUCUAGUCCGACAAUAGAGUAUCCCUUCCAGCACAUCAUGAUCGACCGAAACAAGAGCUUCACCGGACGCAAGAAAGAAUUGAAAACGCUGUCAGCGUGGCUGAGCGAGCACAAGGAAGCAAGACCGCUGUCCAUUUCCAUCCAUGGCAUUGGUGGGGUUGGGAAGACAGAAACUGCUAUAGAGCUUGCAUACAGAUGCGACAGUCUAUCCAAGUAUGAUAUCAUACUUUGGAUACCUGCGGAUCCCGAGAAAGAGACGGAAACUUUCAAGACUUUUGGCCAUAUCGGGAGGAGACUUGGUCUCUUUGAUAACGCUGAGAUAGGCGAACCACAAGUGGAAAUUGUAUUGGACUGGCUUCAAGCCCAAGACCGGCCCUGGCUGAUCGUCUUUGACAACGUGGAGAAUUGGGAAAAUUUUAAGCGAUACAAACUCAUUAAAUCGCGUAAACCUAGUUCCGUUAUUGUCACUUCUCAAACGUCAGCUCCUUGGGUAGACCGCGAACUAGAUCUGGAGCCCUUCGGCCGUGUCGCCGGCGCCAAGUUCUUGCUGCAGCAGAUGGCCAUGCCCCAGCUCAUAAAGGACAAUACGGCACUUACCAUCGCUGGCGAGAUCUCGGAUGAGCUAGGAGGUUCUCCCUUGUAUCUGACGCACGCGCAAGGAUUUAUGAAGCUUUCUAAAAGCACACUCAAGGACUAUCUCGAUAUCAUUCGCACAACUAGCACCGCAUUGGACAUGAAAAGCGAUGGUACAUGGCGAUACGGCAGGGCUGCAUCUACAACCCACGACAAGAUUCUUGAGAAGCUGUCAUCCGGAGCCACGAGUCUUCUCUUCAUGCUUGCUUUUAUGAAUCCAGACGACAUAAGCGAGGGCCUAUUUGUGGAUGUGAAGUUCCAGGACUUGGAAUUCUUACGGAACAAAUCGAGAUACGUUUCAUUCAUUGCAGAACUAGGUGAAGGUCGACUUAUACAGCGGACAUCAUCCGGCACUCACUAUCGACUUAGAAUCCAUCGCGCAACACAAGCAGCGAUGCUUCAAAAGCUCAGCCACAAUCCAGAACAGCGAGAUGUGCAUUUCCGGAGAGUAAUCCAUCUGCUCCGAGAAAACUUUUCGGAAACUUCUGUUAUGAUGAAACUCCAGAUUGCCGAAGCCCACGUUUGGCCUCGCAUCACACGAGUGCUCCCCCAUCUUAUGACGGCAUUCAGCUUUUUCGAGCGAUCGUGGCCAGACAUAGAAGGCGAUAUUUUCUUUGCUCAAUUACUGUCGGAUGUUGCUGGCAUGGAUCUCUACGACCGUGGCAGGAUAGAGGAAGCCUACAGAAUUAACAAGAUGGUGGAGAAGAUCCUGGACCGCUUAGGCUACCCUCGAGUCAGCCGGCUCAUGGCCGAUUCCCUGGCCAUCGUUGGCAUGUGUUCCGAUUUUAUGGCCCUCACCAAACGGAACGAGGGUCUUGAAAUUCGCAAAGAGUGUGUCAAAAUCCGUGAACAAUGCUUUGCACAGAUCAAAUACCAAGACGUCACACUAGAGGACAGAAUUUGGCUACACAACAGCUAUACAGACCUAGUGUGCAGCCAACAGCAGAUCAAUGACUUCGAAGGCGCCCGGAAGAAUCUAGAGCUAUGCUAUCGUCAAUACCAGGAAUGGGGCACCGAGGACGAAAUCCCUUACGAGUACUCCAAGUACUUCAAUCAGAUGGCUUAUGUCUUGCUUUAUGAAAAUGACAGCGCAACGGCCGUCGAGUAUUCGAAAAGGGGCUACGAGCUUGUGGAACAGGCUACGCCAGGAGCUCAAAUAGCGACUCUGUACAAGUUCGAUUACGCAAAUGUACUUUUUCAACACGGCGAUAUGCCGCAGGCGCUCGCGAUGCUUCGGGAUCUGCUCAAAUUUUGCGAGCUUGACUGUGGAAAGGAUAACGUACGAACCCUAGAAGUGCGGCUUAAUAUCGGGAUCGUCUGUUUUUUCUUGGGGAAGUAUGUCGACGCAAAAAAGCACAUUGAAAAAGUGCUGAAUUCGACCGAGGGUGGCCUAUGGCCCGUUGAAAACGUGAUCCGAGGGAAGUAUUACUUAUCGCAAACCCUGAAGAAGACUGACCCCAACGAUCCCUCUGCUGUAAACCUAGAGAAAGAAGCCAAGGAUGGCUUGGACCAGCUUCUGAAGAUGGAUGUAUCUGGCAAAGUGUUGGAGUAUCAAGAUAAUUUGCCCCUCCUAUACGAUUACUUGGUACAUUGGGAAUGUCGGCUCAUCACUCCACGGAAGGUCAGGACUACACAGUAG